CGUACAUCCGAUGUCCAUGUUUCCCUUGCUCAAACUCAAGACAACUCUCCAUCUUGCGCCGCUAGGUGGCGCUAUACGACCUUAAAACAUCUGCCAGGCAUGGAGGCAUGAGCUAUUAUCUACAUGCAUAGAUUUUUGGUUCUUGUGCGGAACAAACACGCACACGUAUCCACGUACGUCAAGAGAGAGUGCAGAUUUGUCAUACCUGUAACUUGGUAGUGCACAUGUACGAGGCUGUAGAGUACUGUGUAGAUACAAAGACACCAAAGUAUCCUCCAAAUAUCUUGGGCAAGUUGGUGGGUCUGAGUCUAACGUGUCAACCAGCAUAGAAUGCUUUCCUCCUCGGUGUGAAGAAGGUUCUGUAUGCUACACUACCCAUCAUGAGCCUGGGCUAGCCAGCCUCCUCGGGGGGCGGAGUCUGCAGCCAUGAGUAUUAUGAAGGCGUUCCUGGGGACCCUGAUCCUUGUCACAGUGUUCACGGUCAUCUCGCUGAUGUACCUCACUCGCAACAAGGACAGAGCCUCGUCAGGGUCCCACCGGAUUCAUGUCAAGAGCAGAAACCCCGUGACAAGUCAAGCACUAUGGACGUCGCUGCUUCCCAGUAAAGCAGUUAGUCGAGAACAAGCCGCUGGCAGUAGCAGCGAAAGGAGGGUACUCUCACCGAAUCUCAGCAUGACAAAGAAAGGACAAGCAGUGGAGAACCUCGUCGGCAAACAAGGUCUGAAGAAUCUUGGCGCAAGAGGAACCAACUUUACAAGACCCAGAGCGUCGGUCACAAGUACUGGGUCCAACAAGAGCAAGGAGGUUGAAGUUCCCCAGGGCACAGAGCAAAGUUCCUGCGAGGAACAGAAAAACAUCCUGCUGCUUAAGACUCACAAGACGGGCAGCUCUACGCUCCAGAACGUCCUGUAUCGCUUUGGCGAUGCUAGACACUUGACCUUUGCCCUGCCCAAGGUGGACGUGUACAUGGGUUGCCCGGUCAAGUUUAAGCCGUCGUUUGCCUUGCCGUCCCCUACAGGGACGUACAACAUCUUGGCCAACCAUGCCCGGUUCCACAGAGAGAACAUGAAGAAAGUGAUGGCACCAGGAACCAAGUUCAUCACGAUCCUCCGUUACCCUCCCAAGCAGUUUGAGAGCAUGUACAGCUUCUAUGCCAUGGAGAGGACGUACAGGUGCCCCCUGGAGAAGUUUGCCUCCUCCCCACGGACCUUCUAUGAGAAGUACAGCCCGAAGAACCCGAGGCACAGUGCGCUGAACCCAAUGCUGUACGACCUGGGGCUGGACUCCAGCGCUAUGGGGGACAGCGCAGCAGUAGACCAAUGGAUCCAGUCCCUUGGCGAGUCCUUCGAGCUAGUCUUGAUCGCCGAACACUUGAAGGAGUCUCUGAUUCUCCUGAAGGAUCUGAUGUGCUGGACGUUUGACGACAUCACCUACUUCACCAGCAACGCCCGCAGCGGCAUGCUGGUCAAGCGCCUGUCGCCCGCCACAGAGCAGGGCCUCCUGGAGUGGCAUAGCGGCGACUUCCAGCUGUACCGGCAUUUCAACGCCGUGCUCUGGACAAAGGUGGAGCAAUACGGCGUGCGGCGAAUGGCGGCGGACGUCGCGGAGCUGGAGCAGCGGAACCGGGAGCUGAAGAGCCGCUGCCUGCAGGGCAAGAAGGAGGUCAGUGAGAUGAGUGGACGGACGCUGGUGGAAAGGUACGUGCUUCGGCCGGAGGCCAAAAAGGACAUGCAGUGUAAGAGGAUAACCUACUCGGCAGUCGACUACCUGAACAUCCUGAAGAACAAGAUGAAACUGCAGCGGCCAGGGAAGAUCACAGUCGUGAAGUCCACCGGUGGAGGUGCUUAGGCAUUGCUAAGGGUUCAGGGGGGGUCAACGUUCUCCUUUCCAGAUUGUGAACGUGCAAACACUCUCACAGCUUAAAUGCCAUGAGCACAAAAGCAGAGUACAUGCAGAUGUAAUGUAACCGAAGUUUGCUUUGGGGACUUUUACCUUGGCACGUCCUUCAGAUGUCCCACCAUAUAUCCAUACCCUACCUCUCUGCGCCCCACUCAUGUUGCACAUGAGAGAUGGAACAAUGCGAGGACAACUUCAUCCGUAACCCCAACUGGACCUCUAAAUUUGUUGAAGAUUUAUACUUGCGGUGUCUCAAUCCCUCUGCAUGAUUCUGUUUGAUACGACUGGGUGAUCAAAAGCUUGAUGUCGGUUCUCCAAGUUCAUCUUUUUUAGGAUGGGAACACUGCUUUUCACUGUUUCUUUUUCUGCCCCUUGCGUUAGGUAUUUUGUGUGUUUUCAAAUUUUUCACUUUAGAGCCCCCCUUAACAAUUAAGGUGCAAAAUUGGUUCUUGGAGCUAGAAUUCUCAAAAGGUUUCGUUUUCAUGAUAUUUAUCUUCUCACUUUUCUGCUU